AUGGAUGAGAGUAAGGGGUCUAGUUAUCAACACAUUACACCACCCUCAAGUCCCGGCUCAGAAGUAAAUUCUGAACCUGAGGAUCUUUCAGUGCGUAAUGAUAUUCCUUUGCCAGCAUUAUUCCAUCUUUUCGAUGAAGCUCCUAGCCAUCAAUCAUCUAACUCUUCGGCAUCAUCGGUCUACUCUCACAGCAGCUCAACCAGUUCAUCAUCUUCUUCGGCCUCCUCCAGCACUUCCAGCUCAGCCAACAAGAAUUAUCGUUUCAAGUGUGACAAAUGCAACAAAAUGUACUCCACCUCCAUGGGUUUGUCUAAACAUCAACAAUUCCAUUGCCCAGCUGCUGAAUGCAAUCAGGAAAAGAAGCAACAUGCCUGCCAAGAUUGUGGUAAACUCUACACCACCAUGGGUGCCUUGAAAAUGCACAUUCGCACUCAUACUCUACCCUGCAAGUGCCCCAUCUGUGGCAAGGCCUUCUCCCGUCCAUGGCUCUUGCAAGGUCACAUUCGCACCCAUACCGGUGAGAAACCAUUCCAGUGCCCCGAUUGUCCACGCUCAUUUGCUGAUCGCUCUAACUUGAGAGCCCAUCAACAAACUCAUGUGGAAGUUAAGAAAUACGCCUGCAAAGUAUGCCACAAAUCCUUCUCACGCAUGUCUUUGCUCAACAAACACGCCAGUUCCAAUUGUACCAUUACAAUUGCGUAAAUAUUGGUAACACUAACACUACCACAAUCUCAGUCACAAACCAACAGUACAAAACCCUGCCACAAACCCUUAAAAUGUUGAAACUUGAAACAUUCCGCUGGAAAGGAUUAAAUUAUUAUUUUUUUAAAUUUAUUUUAUUUUUUUUUCAUUUUUUUAUCACAAUUUUAUUUUAUUUUUAAAAGC